AUGGCUUCCGAAAAUUCAAGCUUAACAUCUAAAGUUUUUAGUUUAUGGAAUUCGUUUCAGAAUCAAUAUACCCCUAUACAAACUCGUGGUACAAAUCGGCAUUAUCAAAAUUUCUCUCGAAUACGGAGGACUUUUCUUGAUACAACUGCAAAAUUUAAUAAUCGAGAUGAUAAAGCAUUGGAAGAAAUUAAAAGAUACGAAGAUUUUACAACAAUUGAUUGGGUUCAAGAUGCUAUAUACGAACGAUCGAGAAUGAAUGCAUUGCGAAGUGCUGCUAUAGAAAAUAGGUUUUCAUGGAACACGUGGUUUCGUCUUUCUUACGAAUCAAGUCAAGCAUGGAUCGUCGUGUCGAUAGUUGGUGCAAUAAUUGGUCUUAAUGCUGCAUUGACUGAUAUUAUCACAGAAUGGGUUUCAGAUCUAAAAUUUGGCUAUUGCAAAAAUUCUUGGUGGUUAAAUCAAAAGUUUUGCUGUUGGGAUAUUGAGAAGCCAG